GAUAUCAGUUGUUGUUAGUUUGCAUCUACAUGUUUUUACGGUUACGGAUCCACUAGAGUCCUUGAAGGCAGCUCUGAGUCAGAGUCAGAAUAUCCCACAGUCCGUGAAUGUGGCGGCGCCCCGCGGAAAGAAACAAACAUGGCGGAAGCGGUUCACAGCAGUGACGUUCAACUCCCGAAGCCGCCGCCAAAACGCCGACGUAUCCUUGACCCGUCAGCCAUUGUCCCCGUGCCCAUCUACUCCAACAAGGUGAAGAGCAGUCUGCAGCUGAAGCCGACGCCGGCGCUGCUCACCGAAAAGACCGACACAGAUGAUGACGCAGACGACAGUUUGUUGUUGGAGUUUUCAUCUCGAAACGAGCCGGCACACCUCGUCACUCUCAGCGACUCCGAAGAUGAACACAUGCAGAAGAAGGCGGAGCAGCGGCCAGAUGCCGUGCGCUGUCCGUCCCCUCCUCCUCCAGAGAGUCCCGUACAGAAACAGUCCAGGGCAAUGAAACAGAAGCUCAGUGAGAUCGACCAGAAGCUCCGGGCAGUGAGCUCCCUCCUCUCUCCAGAGCCUCAGGGCGGCCGGUCGAGGCGGCGCCGAGGUCCUCCCAUGUCACAUCCUGAGAACGUGCGAGUGGACGACGAUGAUGACGAUGACGUCAUCAUCAUGAGCCCGGAGCCGGAGGGCUCCUCAGUGCGAGAGAUCCCGCUUAAGAUCCGCUGCAGGACUGAGAUCCACAAGAUCCCGGUGCUGUCGUCGACGCCUUUAAGCGAUGUGGUGACGCAGCUGUCUGUCAUCCUAAACAUCCCGCCUCCUCGCCUCCUGCUGCUGAGGGAGGAAGAGGAGCUGCCGACGAGCGCCACCAUCAGCGAGCUCGGCCUCGGCAUCGCCGACAUUAUAGAGUGUGUGGUCAUGGCGGCAGAGGAUAGAAGCCAGUCAGGCAGCAACAGCGACAGCAGCAUCAUCACUGUGAGGCUGCAGAGCAAAGACAGAGACUCUUCUCAGGAGUUCUCUGUGCACAGAGAGGCGCCGCUGAGGUCCAUUUUCUUCCAGUACGUGUCCAAGAUGUCUAACAAGGAUCAGAAGAAAGUGCGCUUCCAUUUCGACGGCUCCAAAGUGACGGGCAGCCAGACGCCGGCGCAGCUCGACAUGGAGGACGGUGACAUUAUCGAAGUCUGGGUCUGAGUCGUCCACUUCAGCUCUGCGGUUUAAGUGUCACUGCGAUCAUUUCAGAGGUCACUUUAUUCUCAGGUGCUGACAAUGGGACACGGACAAAAUGACAGCAAAAUCCAAGUGCACGAAUCAGGUCUUUAACCUUUCUGUGUCCGCACUGAAGCCGCUUCCUGUUUUUGUUUUUGAGUAUUAUUUUUAUGAAAAUCAAAUAAAAGCAAAACAAGCUGACCUGACAUUAUUUCCAUGAGUGAGGUCAUGAUGAAAAACCUCCACCUGUAAAGGGCCAAAACAUGGCCACCCUGGAGGCUCAAUGUGAAUGCGGAAGAUUACUGUAAAUAAAAGAUGGACACAGAUGGUCCUGAAAGAUGAA